CAUCUUGCUUGAGUUCAUGUGACGACCGAAUAAUUUUCGUGCAACCCAGUCGAAAUGUCAGCUCCAUUUCCGGCAAACUGACAGUUGUUCUUUCCGUUUUUGUUGUAAAAGUGUUCGCACUUGAAUUUGAUACCUCUUGGCAUUUAAUGCUUUAAAAUGACCAAGGGUACCUCCAGCUUUGGUAAACGUCGUAAUAAGACCCAUACGCUGUGCCGUCGCUGCGGCCGGUCGUCUUAUCACAUCCAGAAGCACACUUGCUCGCAGUGUGGAUAUCCGGCGGCCAAGAUCCGAUCAUACAACUGGUCCAUCAAGGCCAAGAGGAGGAAGACCACUGGAACUGGUCGCAUGCGUUACCUGAAGGUGGUGCGCCGCAAGUUCCGCAACGGAUUCCGUGAGGGACAGGUCGCCAAGCCACGCAAGGCCACCGCAUAAACAGUACGAUUCCAGGAUACUACUAAUAUGUGAAAUGCGCUGAAUGAUGGAGGAGAAUUAUAUCUGAAAUAAUUCUUUAAAAACUAA